AUGUGCUAAUUGCAAUACAACAAAUCGGAACCGACCGAAAGAUCAUCUCAAGCUGAGUCUAUUUCUCUCUUUCUGAAGCGAUGGAAAGCAAAUUACUGACGUUUUUGCUCUUCUUGGCCUUUUUAUUCAAUCUUUCACAAGCUAGGCUAGUCCUUUCCCUGCCACAACCUCUUCGAUCUUUCAAGAUCAACACUACCCAGACUGCAAAUAGCUGUCCUUUCACUGUAAAGAUAAGCACAAGCUGUUCUUCAACUCGGUAUACGCGAGAUCGCAUUAGCCUUUCUUUUGGUGAUGCUUAUGGCAAUCAGGUGUAUGUUCCAAGGCUAGAUGAUCCAUAUUCAAGAACAUUUGAGAGUUGCUCAACAGACACAUUUCAAGUAACAGGACCUUGUACAUACCAAAUUUGCUAUUUGUACCUCUAUAGGAGUGGCUAUGAUGGGUGGAAGCCAAAGACUGUGACUGUCUAUGGGCACAACACUAGAAAUGCUGUAUUUACCUACAACAUUUUUAUUCCUAAUGAUAUUUGGUAUGGUUUUAAUUAUUGUAAUAGAGCUUCUGCCUCUACUUGAUCAGUAAUUGAUAGGUUUCUGUUAGUAUUAUUUCAUUGUCAUAUUUUCACAUUCUCCUUCUAUGUAAUAAAUGAGAGCUUUUUGGGAUCUG